AUGGACUUUUCAGACUGGGGCUCACUCUCUGCCCUUGCAUUUGCUUGCAUUUCUCUCUCUCUCUCUCUCUCUCUCUCUCUCUCUCUCUCUCAUAUAUCGGAGAGCAGCGCGCCAACGGCAGCGCCAACGGCAGCGCCAUCGAUCCCGCACCAACUUGGAACACUCACUUCCACCAGCACCUCGGUUCAGGCCAAGACCUUGACUUGGGUUGGCAACACCCUCUCCCUGAGCGCCGACUACAAUUGGGAUAUGCCUCCCUCCAGCGGCGUACAGGCAUUGAAUCUCAGCACAGCCGAAGACUACGUGCUCACGGUGGACGGCGCGAUCGAGACCAAAACCGUCAUGUUUCCGUCCUCGGGCCGCCUCGUCUUUGGAAACACGGGUGGUUUCAAUUUUGCUACCACACCCAAUGGUCAAACCACCAGCACGUUUCAAACCCCCAACGCCACUGAUCCUGGCUGGUCCUUUACCUGCUCUAACAACUGGGCCUCGUCGGGUUCUGCGUCAGUCCCCUGCGACACGGACAUUGUGUCCCUUUCCGCAGGCGCAUCCUAUUACUUUGUGGCCGACCCGCGCUUUUCAGCCCUUCCCGUGCAGCGCAUCGAAGUUGAUGACAUGCGUCUCGACUCGCUGGUGAGCCAGCCCGGGAUUGCCGGUAACAUUGCCAACCGCAUGGAGAUCAACACAAACAAUUGCCUCCUCAAGGGUGGCGAUGAGCAGUGCAUUUGUCUGGACACGUGCAGUGAUGACACGACCCAGGUGUCUCGCUUCCUCACGGCUCUUGGUCGUGCUGCCGACGACGUUCUUUCCAACCUGGCCACUGAAGCUAGCAACAACUAUGCCAUGACUUUUGACAUUAACGCCAUUACCCAUGGCUACAGCCCAGCCCAGUUGGCUUUGUCGAGCCUGACUUCGGACGACCGCCUCAUCUCGCAUUUUGAGCAUGCUCUGACUGCCUUUCUCAACGCCUCGGACGUCUCGCAGAGCUCCAUGUCGAUUGACAGCAGCACCUUGCUAUGGUCCUCUCGCGUCAAGGCCAUGAGUGCACGCCUACAGAACAUCAACGGCGACCGGGUCCCCACCGCCCUCACCGUUACGUCUUCCCAGCUCGGCCUAGCUUCUGCUUUUCCCUUGGUGGCGGGUUUUGAAUUGGCCGCCUACCAAGCCACCGCGGCUGCCCUCUCCGCUCGCGCCCUGAGCGUGGCCGUUGAUGCUGCCACUACCGACUGUGCCACCGGUAUCCGGGACAAGUGCAGCACCAUUGUGGACCACCUCAUUACCCUACUCGUGUUCUUGGACGAUGCCGAGUUCGCCCUCAAGGAAGCAUGCCCGAGCGGCGUGUGCGGUGACAUGGCCGAUAUCCUCAACUCUCUCAAAGGCAGCGAUGUCAGCAAGUUUGGCUGGCUCCUCCCCGGCCACGUUUUCCAUGACAUGGCCUUUGGUAUCGCUUCUGAUCUGGCUGAUGCGGUCUUGCCCAUCACCUUUUACAACAUCUUGCUGGCCGGUGCUACCAACGCCGGCACUCAGGUGGCGGCCUACUCUGACCUCCUGCCGAUUGUCAAGUUUGCCGAGGCGCCCACCUUUGACGUGGGUGCUGGCAUUCCGAUUCACAUGAUGCGCCACAUGAUCAACCAGUACAACGCUGAACCACUGCUGCACUUUGUGGAUCUCUACGUGCGUGGCACGCAACCCGUGGUUCGGCCCGUGCAUCUCAGCCUGGAGAUUGCCCGCCGCAAUCGACGCGAUCUUCUUGACAUUUACUCUGCCCAGUUGACGAUGGACUACAUUGCCACUUGUGCGUCCGAGGCCGAUUGCUCCUUCAGUGCCUCCGACACCCUCCUCUUUACCCAAUUUGAGCAGCGCAUCAACUCGGCCGUUCUCAAGUAUGCAGCUGGUGGCAACAUUCAAUACCACCCCUGCUUUACCCCGGCUUCAUUCUUGGCGCCAGAAGAUGGCAGCUGGGAUUACGAUUGUGUCGAAUCCACUGCCGUUGAAUGGGCAGUGAGCCACUGUCGCUGGGCACCCUGCUAUCCAGCCCCUGAAGCCGACAUUGCUGACUUUAUCUUUGAGAUUAUCAAGUGUGACAACGAUGGGCCCAAACCCGACGGCACUUGCUACGUGAACAACACGGCAGCCAGUGGUGCGGCCGGCGUGCAUGCCGCUGCCGCGUAUCAGACCGCACUGGCCCGCGCCGCGAAUUACAUCUCCACAAUGAGUACCUCCUCCACCAGCUCCACCUCGUCGACCUCCUCGACCUCCUCCACCAGCUCCACCUCGUCGACCUCUUCCACCUCCUCCACCUCCUCCACCUCUUCCACCUCUUCCACCAGCUCCACCUCUUCCACCUCUUCCACCAGCUCCACCUCUUGGCUGCUGACCACCGAGGCCUCUGGUGCUAGCACGGCGGCGUCGAGCGGGUCGGCAUCUUCUAGCCAAGAUCAUGUGCCGCUCAUUGUGGGUUGCACGUGUGCCGUAGUAGUGGUAUGUGCUGCCAUGGGUUUGGCCGCUUACAUGCGACGCACCCGCCCCACCAAUGAGAGUGAUACCGAGCGUCAAGCUGAUGCAGGCAGCAGGACCCGAGACAUGGUGGCCUUUCAGAACCCGCUUUACGACACCCAGAAGAACGGUGCCCCUGCCGACGAUCCACUCUACAGCGACAAUGCUUAUGACUUUGCUGCUGACGCGGGGGAUGGCUUUGACCACUACAUGGAGCCAAAUGAUUUUUCUGGCGACUAUUUGAACUGUCAGGCCCAUGACCUAAGUCAGGAAUUGGGUGGGGUUUGCUGCAUUCACACUCAAGUCGCGCUCACUCAAACACACACACACACACACACUCCCUCUCCCUCUCCCCCCCUCUCUCUCUCUCUCUCUCUCUCUCUCUCUCUCUCUCUCUCUCUCUCCGCUUUCUCUCCCUGUCACAUGACGAUAGGGUUGCUCGGUGCAGCAGGAGAUCUAAGGCACAGCAGUGGUGCGCGGGUCCUAGAGAAUGGUGCAACAGCAGAAGGCAUAUUGGUUGCCUUCCUUAUCCUCGCAAACUACAAUGUGCAAUCCGGACGAGGCGGAUCGGCAGUCAGCAAGCUGCACGUUGCUGUCGAAGGUGGCGGUCCCACUAUGAAGAAACUCUUUUAUCGAGAUUCCCGACCUACGUUUGAGGAGCGUGCUCACCUGGCAAGGACAAGCCAUCUGAUCCCAAGCAGAGAAGAGGCCCAGGCUCGACACUGCCAUUCGCGACGGCUCCAGCAAAUGCUCGAAAGAAAUUUGAAUAUGUCAGACAGACCCAUUUUCUUUGUUUGCUUGUGUGUGUGUCUCUCUCUCUCUCUCGCUCUCUCUCUCUCGCUCUCUCUCUCAAACUCUCGCUUUUUCUCUCGCUGCAUGUCUUGA